AUGGGGCAAGCCAGUGAACAAUCACCUCUUGUCACUGCACUUCUUACAGAUGAACGACAAGCUUCAAAAAAUGUCAUGAAACAAAUUCUGGGUCGUCUUCAGUGCAAUGAUUUAUAUUCUCCUAUAUGCAUGCUAAUGAAUGAGAGGAGGAAAGGUCCGGCCAGGAAGCAUUACCACAGUAUUUACAGGGAAAUUCUUUUCCUUUCCUUUGUUGCAAUAGGUAGAGAAAACAUUGAUAACUUGUCUUUUGACUCGGAGUACAGAAAAGCAUUUGCGAAACUUUCGAACAAACAGUUAUCUCAAUUGCACACGAAUGAUCGGCCUCCUGCAGAAGGGGCGGUCUUCUGUCGUAGGUAUUUCCGCGACUUAGAAUUGAGAAUAUGAUGUAAAAAUAAAUACCUUUUGUGUUCUGUUAUACACUUGUGCAUAAUAUUUUGUUUUAAAAGACUGAAAAUUUUACAACUGAGCAUUCUCAAAAUACUGACUGUUAUUGUAAAUGUUUUGUUUACUAAGAAUGUAUGUUAUUUUUUUCCCCUUCCAAAUUAAGAACUAUUUUUUGCCUUCACGUUUUCAAAGUAUAUUUUUCAUGUUUGUAAUUAAAUAAGUUAUAAAAGUUGUUUAUGUUAAUACUUUUGAUAAGCAAUGCAAAAAUGAAUACUCUGUUUUUUAUUGUUUAAAAAAUGUGAGUUAAAUUAUAAAUAAUUCUAUCUAAGUAAUUUAUGAAUGAAUAAAACAUUUUUUCUCUCAUGAAUUUUAAGCAUUUUUUAAAACGAUAAUCCUCUAGAGACCCCUAGAAUGAUUGUAUGUAUAUUAUUUGUGUCAGAUAAGUUCAUGGUUUUCUAAACUAAUUUGUGUGUAACAUUUUUCAUUAUGUAUUUUUAUUAUUAUUAUUAUUUAUUUAUUUAAGUACAGAAGUUUUCAAAAUUAUUUGUUGAGUAACUUUUUUUAAUGAAUUGUAAUCAGAAGUAUCUGCGGUAGAAAUUGGACAUAAUUGGAAAAUUUUAGACAAGAAUUAUGAAAACUGUACAAGAAGUUCAGUAUUCUUAAAGUUGUUGGUUGAAUAGUCAAAUAAUUUUAUUAAUUGUUUAAAAAUGUUUUCCUUUCAUUAAUUUGUCAGCUUUCAUUUGGAUAAUUUGUUUUGUGUAGAUGCUUUUAUUUUUGGUACUCAUUCCCCCUUUCCAGAAUGGAAAAAAAUCCAAAUAAUAAUAAUAAUAAAUGAAAAUUCAUUUGUUAUUUCUGUAAAAAUGAUGAAGCAUUUUAUUUUGAUCCUUGUAACCAUAUAUUCCUUACUAUUUUUAAUAGUUUUGUAAAAUGCCACAUAAGGGAAAAUGUGAUUUUUCUCAAAGUUAUGAAUUUUUUUAUUAUAUUUAAUUAAAAAUGUCUGCUAUUAAAACCUUUUAGAUUUUUUAACACAUUUUGCUUAUAUCUUUCAUUAAAAUAUUUAACUGAGCAUUUAUAUGUAUGCUGUAGACCACAUAUUCAAAGAAACACUUUCAAUGGUUAUUCCAAAUGCCAGAAUUUAAUUGAAUCUGAAAUACUUUGCCAAAUAAAUCAGUUUUAAGGUAUUUUCUGCACAAUCAAAGUAACUAAAGUAAAUAACUUUUUGUUUAUAGUUUUAUAGAGUACAGUUUGACAUGACUGCUCUUAUAAUAUGCUUCUGUAAUAUUCAAAAUGUUAAAUUAUACUAUCACUUGAAAUUUGGUUUAUUAACUUCAGUGCACAAAUUUAAAUAAAUUUGUAACCAUGUUAUUAAGGUUUUCAUAAUUUUUUUUAAACUUUCCUUCUUUUUCUUUCCCUGCUUUCUUUUUAAUGAAAUGAUUUAAAUUUGGCAUUAAUUUGCUCUUGUUUGAGCAUAAGCGAAUGAUGAAUUGAAAUUUAAUGAGAACUGAAGAUAAACUUCCCCCUUUAUGUUAUAUAUAUGUGAUGUACCAGCUUUAGUCAUAGCUUAAAUUAUCAGACGAUAAGUUUUAAAAAAAAAAAAACAGGAUCCAUUUAUUAUUAUUCAGGAGAAAUAGCAGUUACAAAAUC